CUCACCGUAAGAUCUCACCUCCGCCAUGAGCAGUAACGAAUGUUUCAAGUGUGGGCGGCCUGGCCACUGGGCCCGGGGAUGCCCUAGAGCAGGAGGGAGCCGAGGGCGCGGAGCCAGAGGCCGUGGUAGAGGUUCUCCGUGCAGUUCCACCUACCUACCUGACAUCUGUUACCGCUGUGGUGAGUCUGGCCAUCAUGCUAAGAAUUGUGACCUUCUCGAGGACAUCUGCUACAACUGUGGGAGAAGUGGCCACAUCGCUAAAGACUGUACUGAGCCGAAGAGAGAGAGAGAGCAGUGCUGUUACACUUGUGGCAGACCAGGCCACCUGGCUCGUGAUUGUGACCGUCAGGAAGAGCCCAAGUGUUACUCUUGCGGUGAAUAUGGCCACAUUCAGAAAGACUGCCCCCAAGUCAAGUGUUACCGGUGUGGCAAGACCGGCCACAUGGCCAGCAACUGCAGCAAAACGAGUGAAGUCAACUGCUACCGCUGUGGCGAGUCGGGACAUCUGGCCCGGGAAUGCCCCAUUGAGACUACCGCUUAGUUUUUCCCCUUUGUCCCCCCCCCCCACCUUUUGCUGAUUGAUAAUUGUAUUAUUUUCUCUGAAACCUCUUCACUGACCAAAAGUUGAUAGAUGGAGGCUA